AUGCGUACCGCCGAGCCGGAGCCAGCGCAGCGCGGCCGCCAUUGCUGGGAGGCUUUCGUCAGAGCCUGGCUGGCCCCGGCGGCUGGUCCAGCCCCAGGGGCCCCGUCACUGGGCGUCAUUGGCUCAGGCAUCAGGGCCCUCAUCACCUUCUCCCGCCUCGGUCCGGACGGGCGGCGGCGGCGGCGGCGGCGUCAGGGGGCGGAGCCGCCCGCGGCGCCCUUUGUGCAGGCGGGAAUGCCCUCUCAGGAUGCCAUAUUUUCCCAGGAAGGAAACACAGAAAAGGAAAUGAAUGUUGGAUCACAGACAGUCAUGUCUCAGGAAUCACUGACAUUCCAGGACGUGGCUGUGGACUUCACCAGAGAAGAGUGGGACCAGCUGUACCCUGCUCAGAAGAACCUCUACCGAGAUGUGAUGCUGGAAAACUACAGGAAUCUGGUUGCACUGGGGCAUCAACUGUGUAAGCCAGAGGUGAUCACUCAGUUGGAACAGGAGGAGCGGUGGAUGAUGGGAAGAGUCAGCCCACCAGACACUCAUCCAGAUGGGGAGAAUAGACCGGAAAUUAAAAAAUCAAACCAUAAUAUUUCUGAUGAAAACCAAACCCAUGACAUAAUAAUGGAGAGACUAACAGGAGACAGUUUCUGGUACUCCAUCUUAGGUGGACUCUGGGAUUUUGAUUAUCAGUUAGAAUUCAACCAAGAAAACCAGCAGAGAUACUUAGGACAAGUAUCUUUUACCCACAGAAAGAUCACACAGGAGAGAGGCCUUGAAUGUAGUAGAUUUGGGGAAAAUUAUAAUCUGAACUCAAACCUUCUUAUGCAACAGAGAAUUCCUUCAAUGAAAAUACCCCUUAAUUCUGACACACAAGGAAAUAGCAUCAAACGUAAUUCAGACCUGAUUUACUAUCAGGGAAACUACGUAAGAGAGAAUCCUUAUGAAUAUAAUGAGUGUGGAAAAAUCUUCAAUCAACAUCUUCUUCUUACCAGUCAUAUACAUACUGAAGGGAAACACAGUGAAUGCAGGAAGGCCUUCAGCCAGAACUCAUCUCUUACUCAACCUCAGAUGAUCCUCACAGGAGAGAAACCCUAUAAGUGUGAUGAAUGUGGGAAAAGAUUCAGCCAGAGAAUACACCUUAUUCAACAUCAGAGAAUUCACACAGGAGAAAAACCUUUUAUAUGCAAUGAAUGUGGGAAAGCCUUCCGUCAACAUUCAUCCUUUACUCAGCAUCUGAGAAUUCAUACUGGAGAGAAACCCUAUAAAUGUAAUCAGUGUGGUAAAGCCUUUAGCCGGAUCACAUCCCUUACUGAACAUCAUAGACUUCACACUGGAGAAAAACCUUAUGAAUGUAGUUUUUGUGGGAAAGCCUUCAGCCAGAGGACACAUCUCAAUCAGCAUGAGAGAACUCACACAGGAGAGAAACCCUAUAAAUGUAAUGAAUGUGAAAAAGCCUUCAGCCAGAGUGCACACCUUAAUCAACAUAGGAAAAUCCACACUCGGGAGAAAUUGUGUGAAUAUAAUAAAUGUGAGAAAACCUUAAGCCACAAUCCUUCCCUUACUCCACAGCACAUAACUCAGAAUUUUUAG